AUGCCGCCGAGGCUUGAGCCAUUGCGUCUUCUGAGGCACACCCGGCGACUACCGUGUCGCCUGUACAGCUCCAGCCGGUCUAUUAGAGAACACGAUGUGGUCAUCCUCCGCCAGCGAGGGAACAAGGAUCCCAAGUUCCAUCUGUCGCCCCCUCUACGACCGGACGCGCCGAUCAAACUUGCCUACGGCGCAAAGGUCAACGCAUCCGAAAUCAUCGGCAAGAGCUUCACCGACUUGAUUCAUGAUAGCGAUGGCCGCGAUGUGCGAUUGACCGAGGCAUCCCUGGCCCAAUACAUUGCCAACUCCCCGCGCGUAGCAACACCGAUCUACCCCCAGGACGCCAACCUGAUCGUCUCCUUCCUCGACCUGAACCUGCCGGUCCCGGGCGAGGAUCCGGAUUUCGAUGCCGACCCGCCUGUAGAGAUCUUCGAGGCCGGCACGGGCAUGGGCGCGCUGACGCUCUGCCUCGCGAAGGCCAUCCAUGGCGCGAACCCGCCUGUGCCGCCUCAGCUCCGCGAUGCGCUGUGCGCGGCGCCUUACGAGCGGAACACCUUACCCCGCAAGCUCGCUAACAGCGACGAGGCGCCCGAGUACAACACCUCGCCGCACGCGCUCGACUUUGCGGGGCAACCGGAGCUGGCAGCGCUGCACGAAAAGCACACCGCUGGCCGUCGGGCGAUCCUGCACACGCUUGACAUCAACCCGACGUCGAGCCGUAUGGCGCACAGCCUCGUUCGGCACUUCCGGCGGGCCAUGUACCUCCUUGACGUCGACUUCCACGUCCGCACGAUUCGGUCGUACCUCUCGUCCCGGCUGUCGCGGAACGGGGGCCAACCGUUCCUGUCCCACGUGAUCCUGGACCUGCCGGCGUCGCAGGAGCAUGCCGACGUCGCCGUCGAGGCCCUCCGGCCUGGCGGGAAGCUGGUUGUAUUCUUUCCGUCCAUCACGCAGAUCCUUAACUUCGUCGUCUGGGCCAAGGACGAGGCGCAGCCCCUGAUACUGGACCGUGUCGUCGAGCUCCAGACGUCGACGUCGGGCGGCGAUGGUAUGUUCCGCGACGGCACGGGGGGCCGGAACUGGGAGGUCAAGGUGGUAAACAUCCGAAAGGCGGUUCAGGAGGGCGAGACGGGCGCCGCGGCGCAGGCGCACGUCUGCCGGCCCAAAGUCGGGACGCUGGUCGUCGGGGGCGGAUUCGUUGCCGUGUUUGGCAGGAUACAGCGACAGGGUGGGCCGGUCGUGGAGCCGGCCGAGGAGACUAUGGCGACGACGGAGUCUGCGUCCGGGUUCGUGUCUGAUACUGAGAUGUGCUCCGAUGAGGAUGCUUCGGCGCGUCCAUCGUGA